AUGGGCGAUAUCACUCCGGUGCCGCAGGAAAUUAUCCCGGCCUUCUGCAAGGCCGGUGUUGUCGUUAAUGAGGGUCCUGAUUUUCACGUCGAGGUGCAGAUGGUGCCGGUUCCUGAACCUGGACCCGACGAUAUCCUGAUCCGACUAAAAUUCACCGGUCUCUGCUCAUCAGACAUUCACCUAAUGCAAGGAGACCUGGGCAUGUCAACCAUGUCAUCAUACGGAGUACGAUCCCCAGGCCACGAAGGCGUCGGCGUCGUCGUGAAGGUCGGUGCAAAUGUCAAGAACUUCAAACUGGGCGAUAGAGCCGGAAUCAAGCCGAUCAACAAUACAUGCGGUUCGUGCACGAUGUGCUGGGAUGACAAAGAGACAUAUUGCGCAGACGCUAUUCACACCGGUCUGAUGACGUCUGGCACAUACCAGCAAUACCUCGUCUCACCCGCACGAUACGCCUCCCCAAUCCCAGACGGCAUCCCCGACGAAAUCGCCGCACCAAUAAUGUGCAGCGCAAGCACAAUCUACCGCUCACUGAUCGAAUCAAACCUCCGUGCGGGAUCCUGGGUCGUCUUUCCAGGAGGCGGCGGCGGCGUAGGUAUCCAAGGUGUUCAACUGGCCAAGGCAAUGGGCAUGAGGCCGAUCGUCGUCGACACAGGUGCGUCUAAGCGUGAACUCUCGCUGAAGAUGGGGGCAGAAGCCUUUGUGGAUUUCAUAGAGACAGAUGACCCUGCCAAAGCGGUUAUCAAUAUAGCCGAUGGAGUCGGUGCUCACGGCGUCUUCGUUACGGCCCCAGCGGCGUAUAAGACAGCCAUAUCGUUUGUUGGCAAGCGCGUUGGAUCAAUGGGGACCCUUGUUGGGAGUCGGAGUGAUACGGCUGCUGCAUUGGAUUUUGCGAGACGGGGUAUGUUGCAUCAGAUCUGUGAGAUUUAUCCUGUUAAUCGUCUGCCGGAGGGUGUUGGAAAGUUGCGGAGAGGGGAGGUUGCUGGGCGGAUUGUGGUGAACUUUGACUGGGAGGAGUAG